AUGUUCAGUAAAGCAGUGGCCAUCGUUCUGGUUAUCCAGAGCGUUGCCGUUUUUUCGGCACCACCAGGAAGCCCUGAUACAGUCGUCACCACAGUUGUCAAUGGAAACAGAAAUAUGCAAGAUUUGUUAGAUUCUUUGUCUGCUCCAGUGCCAACGACGACCACUACAGGAGGCAAAGUAAUCAAGAAGACUACAACAACAACUACGACUACUACUACCAACAAAGACGAUGCUCCAGUUUCAGAAGUUGAUCAACUCCGAGUGUUGUUAAAAAAUCCAGAGUUCGCCCAACAACUCAGAGAAUUCUUGUUCCAGUUUUUGAAAAUGUACAACGCGUUGCACAAAGGAUCAGAGACCACUCAGACCAUAACAACCACAGAGAACCUUGAUAUACCAGCCUUAAUGAACAACCCAUCUUUCGUGCAAUUCUUGGGUGGAUUCUUCGGCAAUAGUCAAAAAACAACUGGAACUGGCAUGGCUUCCAUUGUAAACGAAUUGAUCAAUGAAGAGAAAAAUGCUGAAAAAUCAAGCACAAACUCACAAACAACUGUAACAGAAGAAUCUGUUGUCAACGGAAAUUCUCGUCCCGUCGAGGUUGUUGUAAAACCUGUAGAAACUGUAGCUACUGGUCCAGACUCUCUCAUCGACCAAAUCACCUCAUCAAGCUCUACUAAAACGUCAAGUUCUACUUCUUCAACAACAGCAACCAACCCUGCAAAGACAGUCAUCACCACCGGAACAACGAAUUUCCCAUCAAGAUUCUACACUGACGAUGUAACAGUCACAACCAACCGGGAACCAUCAGUCAGCACAAGUGAAAAUGUACUUAACGAACUUAGGAAACAAGUCAUCGGUAACCAAAGAGAGUCCAACAAAGUUGUGUCCACUACCACAACCACCACAAACACCAACAAUCGUUAUGGAUAUGAUGAACCCACCGUUGAAAUUACCCGCCCAUCAGUGAUCAUCACCAGACCAGCAACUUCCGUGAUUGACGACAAUGAACAAUGGUCCAAAGUAAACACUGUUAGCAACCAGAUGAGUGCAGAAGAAAUGAGACAACAAGCUAAGAACGCCAAAUAUCAAUUCGCUACCCAAAUCGAUGACAGCAUUUCUGGAAACUUCCAACAGAGAGCUGAAAUCAGAGAAAAUGGUGUAGUAUAUGGUAAAUACUCCUACGAUGAUGGUUUCAACUGGAGAACCGUCUACUAUGAAGAUGAUGGCCACGGUUUCACAAUUACCAAGCAAGACGUCCGCCCAUCCCACAUCAAGACUCUUACCGGUGAAGCCAGCGUCCAGACCUUGGUCAAUGGUAACUUGGUUGACUACCAUAUUACCGCAAAGGACAUCAACAACAAAGUUCCCAUUAGGAAAGAAGUAUAUACUAACCCCGUCUUAAUAUAAUGUAGUGGUUUUAUAUAACUUUUGUACAUUGUAUUAUAUUCACACCAUGUUGUGG